CUGAUGUUUUUUCUACAAAUGGCUCCAGCUCUUCCUAAUCUUUCCAUUUUGUAUAAAAUAUUCUUGACACUGCCAGUAACAUUUUCUACAGCCGAAAGAAGUUUUAGUAAAUUAAAAAUUAUUAAAAAUUAUUUAUUAUCAACGAUGACCAAUGAGAGACUAUCUGGGUUAUCAUUAAUUGCAAUUGAACGACAACUUGCUGAAAAUAUUGACUUUGAUUCAACCAUAAAUCGUUUUGCUACAAUAAAAUCAAGAAGAAGACCAUUUAUUUGA